AGAGAGAAAGCGAGGGCCAGAGGACCUACGAUUUGAAACUGAAUGACCAUGGCUGUCUCCGCACCUCCGGUGAUCUCUGCAACUUCCAGUGGCGCCGGCGUCCCGGGGAGCCUAUUUCGGGCCGAACCCAUGUAUUCGACUCCUGGAGAGCCUCCCCGGCUCACCCCCAAUAUGAUCAACAGUUUCAUGGCCAAUAACCACAGUGGCAGUGCAGGAAGUGGCGGGGUCGGUAGUUGCAGCGGAGGCAGCGGCAACACCAACACCAACGAGUGCAGGAUGGUCGACAUGCACGGGGUAAAGGUGGCUUCGUUUCUAAUGGACGGCCAGGAACUGAUUUGCCUGCCGCAAGUCUUUGAUCUCUUCCUCAAACACCUUGUGGGAGGGUUGCACACAGUGUACACCAAGCUGAAGAGAUUGGACAUAUCCCCCGUGGUGUGUACAGUCGAGCAGGUCCGGAUCCUCCGCGGGCUGGGGGCCAUCCAGCCCGGGGUGAACCGCUGUAAACUCAUCACCAGGAAAGACUUCGAAACUUUGUUCACCGAUUGCACCAAUGCCAGUUGUUUCAGGCAUGACAAACAGGAUCACUAUUCUAGCAGAGAAGUAAUGAUGUCUGUAUUAAACUCUACAAGAAGUUGA